AACGCCACCUACUGGGUCAGUACCAGCAACAAGUUCUGGCCCGGACGUGCUGUCCAGUUGAUUGCCCAGAUCCUGACCGGCACUGACCCAGUCGCGGUCACUGUGUCCAUCACGGAGCAGAGCUAUGAGGUCAACUCAACCGUGAAUACCUUAUUCACGUCUGCUGCCACUGAUGUCCCAUCAACCUUGAAAGUGCCUGAAAACAGCUGGUCUUUCAUGUACAAAAUUGUUGUCGUCGGCAAAGGUAACACGGUCAACUUCAAGCACGAGGACUACAUUAACCUGCAGACCAAGGCAUUCUCCAUCUUCGUGGUGACGAACAAGGGCAUUUACAAGCCGGGUCAAAUAGUAAAGCUUCGUGCGCUUGCCAUGGCACCGGAAAAUCUGAAAAUUCUGCAGGGUCCAAUGGACAUAACUAUUACGGAUGCCAAAGGAAACAGAAUCAAACAGUACAAGGGAGUGACAGGAAUAUCCGGUGUUGUGGAUCUCAACUUCACCUUGGCACCUAGCACCCCUAUUGGUGACUGGAAGAUUUCUGUGACCUUUCGGGGUCAGACGGAGGAAAAAACAAUUACAGUGGAUGACUACGUGCUGCCCAAGUACGAGGUGAAGGUCACGCCACCGGCGAUUCCCCUUUCAAGUGAUACAACAUUCCCUAUCACUGUCAAAGCCACGUACACAUUCGGGCAACCGGUGACCAAUGGUAGCGUCGUUGUUCGCAUCACGUCGUUGUACCAAUGGUACUCUUCCACACAAAAAGCACCGGUGGACUGGAAAACCACGGGCAAGCUCAACAGCAACGGAGAGUUCACGUGCACAGUGACGUCCAAGGAGCUGGCUGACAUUCUGUUGAGAUCACGUAACUACUUCUACAGUCUAAACCUCGAACAGUUCCGGGUGGAAGCCAACGUGACGGAAGGCAACAGCCAGCGACUACAGGUCGGGUCUGCGUCCAUGCAGAUCUAUUCAUCUCCUUACACGCUUCAGGUGGUACCCAUCACAUCUGCAUCCUACAAACCGAACAGGCCCUUUGUAGCAUAUGUAAGUCACAUGUUGCUUUUAUGUCCUUUACGAGUCACAUGA